AUGCCUCUGACAGAAGAAGAUCGUCGAAAACUCUUCAGCGCAUACCGAAGUCUCGAUCCACCCGCGGUCUCCUCAUCGCCCUUCCAGCGCGUCUCCAUUGGGCCGCCCGAGUCCAUCCUCAGCAACACCUCGAAAGCUUCGAACCAUCCGCCUUGGGAUCCUAAUACUCGCACCCUCGAACCUUACCAUAAAGUACAGAUUGAAUUCCCGCUUCUUAAUUUGCUGGGAGAGGAAGAAGAAGGUGUACUGUACCGAGCGGAGAAUUCGAAGAAGCGCUACCAGCCUUUACCGCUCAUUCUGGAUGAUAAUGUGUACAUGAACUCCGGCCGAGACAAGGGGCCCGAGGCGAGUUUCUUCACCCUAUACAAGGCCGCGCGCGGAGGGAGAGGCGUGGAAGAGGAAGUGUCGAUGAGCGGAGUUCUGACUGCAGAUGUUCGGGAAUUGACAAAUUAUGUCGGAACCACGUACCUGAUGCUCGUCAUCUUCCAGACGCCACGGCGGGGAGGAUUGCAAGUCCGCAUCCGCCUCGCGACGGUUUUCCGUGGCGACAAGAAUGGGGGGAGGGAGACGAAGGAAUUCCGCGAUUACGAGAUGUCCCUGGAUGAGUUCUUGUCCCUGCGGAAUGGGGAGAGAUGGUAUCUGGACUGUCUGCAUCUGAUUGCUAUGAAGAGUGACCGCGCCACACGACACGUGCAGUUGAAAUUAUACCCCAACGCGGUGCAGGGAGUCCAGGGGGCGUUGGAGCUGUACAAGAGUUUCCGGGCCAGUUUCCGGGCGCCGAGAUGUCCUGAUUUCGGGUUCUAUCUGAAGGGACUGGUGCGAGAAGUUAAAAAGAAGAACAAGACCAAGGCGCGUUGUGGAAUCUGUGAGAAGGCGUUUGGUGGGCAGGAAGAGCAUGGAAGUCCUGUCUCGAUGGGAUGUUGCGGGAAGGUUGUUGCCAUGCAAUGUCUUGCGGGAUGGUGUGAGGAGAUGGCCGCGAGGAGUGUGCUGCCGCCUUUCUAUCCGACUACAUGUCCGAUCUGUAAGACUGAACUCUUCACGGAUGAGAGGACUUUGGAGCAUUUGAAAUUUGGCGUCGUGGCGGAUACGUAUUUCGUCGACGGGAGGUAUUCGCAGUGGGAGAAUUUCGAACGCAGCUGUGCGGAUUUGGAUCUUGGGGCAGCGGAGCGGGAAGAGAGAGGGGGGAGGGUACGAGUGGAUGCGGAUCUGAUUGCGGAUGUCUGGGUCAGGAUGGUGGAGUAUGGCGCUAUGGAGGGAGAUGGAGGAGGAGGCAGAGGAGGAGAGUUGGAGCAUCUGAGGAUGGACCAAUGUCCGGAAUUUGAAAUUUGGCAUGAUGAAUUCAUGAAGCACAUUUACAGGCUGGAUGGACAUGAGGCCCGCAGUCUGUCGCACUUGUACAAUUUUUUGGAAAGCAAGAUCUUCCUGGAAUUUCGACGGCGGUUUCGACAAGCUGGACUGGAUCGGUAUCUGCCUCCUGGAGCGCAGGGGAGUUGGGUGGGCAAGCAAUUAACGCAGGAUUUUUUGUUCCGGGAUGGAUUUCGGGAGUUUACCGGGGGAAUGCUGAAUCGGACGUUGAGGUUCUUGGAAUUGAGGGCUUGUGAUGGGUGUGAGAGGGGAGCGGCGUUCCAUUGGCAUGGUGGGAGGGAGUACUACGAUCCCCGGCAAUUUGGCGGGCGCGGUGAAGACCGGGAGAGGGAGAGGGGGAGGAGGAGGAGGAGGAGGCGAUGGCAGGAGAGUCGCGAGGGGCGGUCGUAUCUGAGGGAUUUCUUGGAGGCGAUGUGA